AUGGACGCAGGGCCAGUUGUUCGAGUUCCACUUCAUGAAAUCCGUCGCAUCUUGGAAAGUCUGGAUUCUCAGCGAGCCGCUCAGCGAGCAGCCCAGCGUGAGCAGAGGUGUAUUAGAGUUCCUCAUGAUGAGAUCCUCCGUGUGAUGCGGCAGCUAGACCGCCAGCACGCCGAAGACCGAGCGCUGGGAAUGGGAUCAUCAUCCUCAAAGCGCCGUAAGCCUCAUGGAGAGCCCACACAACGGAAGCGGUUACGGCCCAUGGAGGAAGUAGUCCAACACCAGCGACAGUCUAUCCACCGUAUUUUACAGCAUCGUGAAGCGCGCUUCCGUGAUAAGGAACGGGCAUCAGUAACAAGGUCCUGGUGCAACGAGGACUCUCUUAACCUCCAGGUAGAGGCUGCCAAGUCGUUCUGCGAGGCGUUUUCGGACGCCAAUACGCUACAGGUUUCUCACUGCGUCUUUUGCUAUAAGAUGCAAGCACCCCGCAAACUUACUGCCAUCCCGUGGAAGAUAUUACUCACACCAUUUCUAAUGGACGCCACUGAAAGUCUCCAGCAGUGUAGAAAAUGCCUUCCACAGCAGCCCGGAGUCGAGGUUAAUGUGUGCUUCGAGUGCCGCACCAGCUUGGAAGACGGAAGGCUACCAAAGACCUGCUCGGUCAAUAACAUGGACAUUGGAUGUGAACAUCGUUACCCUGGAGAACUUGAUGCCCUCUCUCCCAUCGAAGAGAGGCUGAUUGCUCUCCAUACCCCUUUCGGCUAUAUUACAAAGUUCUCUGUUGACAAUAAGACUCCCUCGGGAAUUAGAUACCGCAGGCACGUAAAGGGACAUAUUGUUGUCUUUCCAAACAAGGUUGAGGACUUUGUUGCGACGGUUCUCCCUCACCCUCUUCUGCAAGCCAUCGAGAAUAUUCACGUCUCAUGGAGCGGCUCGAGCGAGCCAGGCCCCGCAGAUGUUGCACAUCUACUUCAAGUACGCAAAUCUCGGGUCACUGCCGCCCUCGUAUGGCUUCAAAAGAAUAACCCCCUUUACGAACAUAUCAAAAUCGAUCGGGCCGAGAUGGAGAACUGGCGGUAUGCUGACAGCACUGAUGUUCCAAGCAUUAUCAUUGCCCGCAUGCGGAGGGAGGAGCCGUCUGUAGGUGAGAAGAUUUGA